UCGAGAAGAGAUUCUCCGCCUCAUGCUUCUGUUAUCCUCCGUUUGCCGACCCAAAUAUUAAUUAGAGAGCGAGAAAUUGUCCUGCGCAGAAGAAUGAGAUCUACUUCACCAGAAGCGUUUUGCUUUUCUUGAUUAAUCUGCCCAAGAUUUUCUAACUCUGCAGCUUCAAAAUACAGUCAAACAAAUUGUCAGGCUGUAGGGGAAAAUGGCAGAGACGAUAUCUAGCUUCUGGGGUCCAGUCACAUCUACUAUUGAGUGUUGUGAAAAAAAUUAUGAACAUUCAUCCUACAUUGCGGAAUUUUACAACACAUUAUCCAACAUUCCGACCAUCCUUUUGGCACUUAUUGGUCUUAUAAAUGCUGUAAGACAGCGGUUUGAGAAAAGAUUUACUGUGCUUCAUCUAUCCAACAUGGCACUUGCCAUAGGAAGCAUGCUGUACCAUGCCACGCUGCAACGUGUGCAACAGCAGAGCGAUGAAACUCCUAUGGUAUGGGAGGUGCUUCUGUACAUGUACAUCCUCCAUUCGCCAGAUUGGCAUUACCGCAGUACAAUGCCCAUCUUCCUCUUCCUAUAUGGUGCUGUUUUUGCCAUCGUACAUUCAGUGGUCCAUUUGGGUAUUGGCUUCAAAGUGCACUAUGUCAUCCUAUGUCUCCUUUGCAUUCCAAGAAUGUACAAGUAUUACAUUUACACUCAAGAUACAUCUGCCAAGCGGCUUGGAAAGUUAUACUUGGCUACUCUUGUGUUAGGCAGUUUGUUUUGGUUCAUUGAUCGUGUUUUCUGCAAGGAGAUAUCCCGCUUUCCCUUUAACCCACAGGGUCAUGCUUUGUGGCAUGUCUUCAUGGGUCUCAAUUCCUACUUUGCAAACACAUUCAUGAUGUUUUGCCGUGCUCAACAGCGUGGGUGGUCUCCUAAAGUUGUCCAUUUAAUGGGCAUUUUACCCUAUGUGAAGAUCCAGAAACCAAAAACCCAAUGAGAGAACUUGAAAGGAGAAUAUGAAAGCUUCUCCAUCAGCUUACAUUUUGGCAAGCUAAGUUAUUAGCAGACUAUUUGUGUUCAUGCUCAAUUUUUGGUUUUGUUUUAGGUUGUCUGAAAUGAUGAUUGAUUAUUUUACAUAUUUUGUUAUAGAAGUAGGACAUGUGCCAUAUUUAUGUGGUCAUACUGGUAUUUUCUUGAGCCUGGACUAUCCCUACGUUUAAAAUUGCUUUGACAACCAAGACCGUUGUUUUGCUGUACUGGAUGUUGUUGGACACGAGAUUAACCCCUCAAUAUUCUAGUUGUAAUGGAUUAUGACUUUACUCGCCAAAUUUUAUGUUGAGCUCUUUGAAAUGUCAUGUGCAGUUGCUGUUGCUUU